GAUGCGCUCUCGCUCUCGUGCCCUGACAGGUGCCGGCGAUGGCUGAGGAUGGCAGCGAGGAGAUCAUGUUCAUCUGGUGUGAGGACUGCAGCCAGUACCACGACUCCGAAUGUCCUGAGCUGGGCCCAGUGGUCAUGGUCAAAGACUCCUUUGUGCUAAGCAGAGCCAGGUCAUCCCUUCCUUCCAACUUGGAGAUCAGACGACUGGAAGAUGGAGCCGAAGGCGUGUUUGCUGUAACGCAGCUCGUCAAGCGAACACAGUUCGGUCCCUUUGAGUCGAGGCGAGUCGCCAAGUGGGAGAAGGAAUCUGCGUUCCCGCUGAAGGUGUUCCAGAAGGACGGGCACCCCGUGUGCUUUGACACCUCCAACGAGGACGACUGCAACUGGAUGAUGCUGGUGCGGCCGGCGGUGGAGCCCGAGCACCAGAACCUGACGGCCUACCAGCACGACAACGACGUGUACUUCACCACCUCGAGGGACAUCCCCCCGGGCACCGAGCUGCGCGUGUGGUACGCGGCCUUUUACGCCAAGAAGAUGGACAAGCCCAUGCUGAAGCAGGCCUGCUCCGGUGUCCACGCUGCAGGCACCCCGGAAAACAGCACCCCGGUGGAGUCAGAGUCGAGCCAGUGGGUGUGUAAAGUGUGUUCCGCCGCCUUCCUGGAGCUGCAGCUCCUGAAUGAGCAUCUGUUGGGUCACUUGGAACAAACCAAAAGCCUCCCCCCGGCCGGCCAGCAGGAGGGGGCUCCAGAGAAGGAACCUGACGGGUCUCAGGGGGAGCCUCCCGCAGCCCCCAAGAGCAUCAGUGCCGCCAAAGAGCAGAAGAAAAAGCCUCGAAGGGGGAGAAAACCCAAAGCCUCGAAACCAGAACAGAAACCAGAGCAGCCCCUGGUCAUCAUUGAAGACAAGGAGCCCGCAGAGCAAGUGGCCGAGAUCAUCACCGAGGUGCCACCGGACGAGCCCGUGCCUGCGGCGCCGGACGAGCACAUCAUGGAGCUGGUCUUGGGGAAGCUGGCCGCCACCACCACCACCAGCGAGGCCCCUUCAGUGCCCAGGUUCCCGCAUCAUCAGAGCGGCAGCAUCACCCUCAAGAGGAGUCUGAUUCUCUCCACCCGGCACGGCAUCCGGCGGAAGCUGGUCCGGCAGCUGGGGGAGCACCGGCGGGUGUACCAGUGCGGCACCUGCAGUGACAAGCUGUUCAAGUGUGAGGAGUGUGCGAAGCUGUUCAGCCGGAAGGAGAGUCUAAAGCAGCAUGUCUCCUACAAGCACAGCAGGAACGAGGUGGACAGCGAGUACAGGUACCGGUGUGGCACCUGUGAGAAGACCUUCCGCAUCGAGAGCGCGCUGGAAUUUCACAACUGCAGGACAGGAACCCUAGCUCACCCGGGAGAGGGGGGGACCAGUGGCAGUCGGCUUAGCGACCUACCAGACGACAAGACGUUCCAGUGUGAGAUGUGUUCUAGAUUCUUCUCCACCAACAGCAACCUCUCCAAGCACAAGAAGAAGCACGGAGACAAGAGGUUUGCCUGUGGGGUCUGCAGCAAGAUGUUCUACCGCAAGGAUGUCAUGCUGGACCACCAGCGGCGGCACCUGGAGGGCGUCAGGCGAGUGAAGAGAGAAGACCUGGAGACUAGCGGGGAAAGCCUGGUCCGCUACAAGAAGGAGCCUUCGGGAUGCCCCGUGUGUGGCAAGGUGUUCUCCUGCAGGAGCAACAUGAACAAGCACCUGCUGACCCACGGCGACAAGAAGUACACCUGCGAGAUCUGCGGCCGCAAGUUCUUCCGCGUGGACGUGCUCAGGGACCACAUCCACGUCCACUUCAAGGACAUCGCGCUGAUGGAUGACCACCAAAGGGAAGAGUUCAUUGGCAAGAUCGGGAUCUCCUCCGAGGAGAACGAUGACAAUUCUGACGAGAGUGCGGACUCGGAGCCGCACAAGUACAGCUGCAAGAGGUGCCAGCUCACCUUCGGCCGUGGGAAGGAGUACCUGAAGCACAUCAUGGAGGUGCACAAGGAGAAGGGCUACGGCUGCAGCACCUGCAACCGGCGCUUCGCCCUGAAGGCCACCUACCACGCCCACAUGGUCAUCCACCGCGAGAACCUGCCCGACCCCAACGUGCAGAAGUACAUCCACCCCUGCGAGAUCUGUGGCCGGAUCUUCAACAGCAUCGGGAACCUGGAGCGGCAUAAACUCAUCCACACGGGUGUGAAGAGCCACGCCUGCGAGCAGUGUGGGAAGUCCUUCGCCAGGAAGGACAUGCUGAAGGAGCACAUGCGCGUGCACGACAACAUCCGGGAGUACCUGUGCGCCGAGUGCGGGAAAGGCAUGAAGACCAAGCACGCGCUGCGCCACCACAUGAAGCUGCACAAGGGCAUCAAGGAGUACGAGUGCAAGGAGUGCCACCGCAAAUUCGCACAGAAGGUCAACAUGCUCAAGCACUACAAGCGGCACGUCGGGAUCAAAGAUUUCAUGUGUGAACUGUGCGGAAAGACUUUUAGUGAGAGAAACACCAUGGAGACCCACAAGCUCAUCCACACAGUGGGCAAGCAGUGGACCUGCUCCGUGUGUGACAAGAAGUACGUCACCGAGUACAUGCUGCAGAAGCACGUGCAGCUCACGCAUGACAAGGUCGAGGCACAGAGCUGCCAGCUGUGCGGGACCAAGGUGUCCACCAGGGCCUCCAUGAGCAGACACAUGCGACGCAAGCACCCGGAGGUCCUGGCCGUGAGGAUUGACGACCUGGACCACCUCCCGGAGACCACCACCAUUGACGCCUCCUCCAUCGGCAUUGUGCAGCCUGAGCUGAGCCUGGAGCAGGAAGAGUUGGCAGAAGGGAAGCCCGUGAAAGCCGCCAGGAGAAGUCACAAGAGGAAGCAGAAGCCGGAGGAGGAGGCAGGGGCCCCGGGGCCGGAGGACGCAGCCUUCAGCGAGUACUCGGAGAAGGAGCCCACGUUCACGGGCGCCGUGGGCGACGAGACCGACUCUGCCGUGCAGAGCAUCCAGCAGGUGGUGGUGACUCUGGGGGACCCGAACGUGACCACUCCAUCAAGCUCGGUUGGCUUGACCAACAUCACCGUGACGCCCAUCACCACGGCAGCCGGAACUCAGUUUACUAACCUCCAGCCGGUGGCCGUUGGGCACCUAACCACCCCGGAACGUCAGCUGCAGCUGGACAACUCGAUCCUGACCGUGACCUUUGACACUGUCAGUGGCUCCGCCAUGUUACACAACCGCCAGAAUGACCUCCAGCUGCACCCCCAGCCGGAAACCUCGAACCCGCAGUCGGUGGCCCACUUCAUCAACCUGACCACGCUGGUCAACUCCAUCACACCCCUGGGAAGCCAGCUCAGUGACCAGCCGGCCCCGCAGCCACAGGCCGCCCCUCCGCCGGCGGCGCAGCCCCAGGUGCAGGCCGAGCAGCAGCAGCAGAUGUACAGCUACUGAGGCGCCGGGCGGAGGACUUGCAAGAGACCUCAGAUGGGCUUCCUUGUGUGUUGUUGAGAUUGGUUUGCUGGAUACCAAACAGAAAAAAGAAUCAUCCGUUGCGAUGUAAGUAAGGUUGAUUAGCUUUUGCAGGCUUGUCUCCAAAUCCCCCAGCAACCAUCAUGGUCUCCCAGUUUGGCUACAGCAGGUGGCCGUAGACCCAGGCAGGUUGCAGGCACUGCCUUAGCCGGACUGCUGGUUGGGCUGUGGCCACGCCUCCAGCCUUCCCCGGCAAAAGUGGGUCUGGUGGACGCUGCUCCAGAAAGCCACACUUCAAGAGAAGCAGGACCCCAGGAGGCAAGUUAUUGGGAGCGUAAGGGGUUUGUCUUAUUUUUCCUCUGGAACUCAGUUACUGUAUCAAAACGUGGACAGUUCCACGUGUGGCAACAGGCUGCAGUGACAUGCAGCUUUCUCCUUGCUCCUGGAUAUUUUUUGCAAGUGAGCAAGUAGAAGUUCAAGUAACACUGAGUCUCCACUUUGAAAUCUGAGUUGAGCCGAAUUUGUUUCACAACUUUGGGCUGAAACCAUGUAUGAGAAGAUGGCUGUGAGAGCACAGAGCCCCUCUGGCUUCAGGUUCAUCCCAGGCCAGGGGUCAUGAGGUCGCUGACGCAGGCAUAAAGGCCUCUUCGUAAUUUAAUUGAUUUUUAGGAUCAUUUUUUCUUUUUUCACUUUAUUUCAAGCAUAUAUUAUGUAUUCAAAACUCAGUUGUGGCCAUGUUUUUUUGUUUUUUAUUUUAACAUGCAAAAGUCAUUUGCACUGUAGGACGGUUGGUCCAUGUCCAGUCUACACAGCUGCCCCGAUGCAAAGAGGCACACAGCUGUGGGCAACAAGAAAGCCUCGUGCUCCCGUGCUGGUGGCACCUUUGGGAAUGACUUCCCUGCCACCACAUGUAUUUAUCAUGACGGUGGCUCAGCCAAAACCCCCCGAACUGAAGAACAGGGAAGAAAUUCAUGUGUUUUCUUCUGUUUAAACUUUAAUUCCAAAGGUUGAUGUGGUUCAAGAUCAGUUUUCUAUACAAACGUGGAGUAGGCUUGGAAAGCAUAGGUUGUGAUACCGCUGUUUCCUGCCAGGCAGUAAGGAAAGCGGAGGUUAGUUCCGCCCUGGAGCCACGAACGCGCCCAUGAGCGUGCUGAGGAGCGACCGGAUCUGCUUCCCGGGACACGCCCUUCGUCCGUGCGCCCGUCCCAGGUGGCGGGCGAGGCUGAGGCCCACCAGCAGCCCGCCCUCCUGCCUCCGCCAGAGAAACAGAACCAAGUUUGAUUUUUACUCUCCUAAUGUUUUUAACGCUGUCCAAAAUGAAAUGAUAAAUUUGCCUUAUCUGUCCUUGCUCACUCUGCCCCAGACCCUGUAUGAUUUGGGAGAUCCUCUUGAAGGAAGACUGAAUAGGAGUCGGCAGGCGCUAGGUGAUAUUGCCGGUGAGGCAGAGGACGAUGUGCUACGCAAAAUGAAUUUUCUCAGCACUUCGCUUUGUUCCGCGUGGCGAGAUUCCGAGGCCAGGGCUGGAGUUUGUUUUGUGCAAUACACGCCUUCACGACCUGGGGAGACUCCUCCCCCAGAGGCCGUGGAAGGGCCCGUAGAGUCCCCCUCCUCCACACAGCUCAUGCAUACACUCCCAGCUCUCGCCUCGGAUGGUUGAAGUAAUUGUGGGAGAUUGUUUGACUUUUUAAUUUAUGAUAGUUAUUUUUAUGUUAUUUAUGUAUAUAAUUACCUGCGUUUUACAUAAUAGUUUCAUCAAAGGAAUUUGGGUGAGGGGUGAUAGAUUUUCUAAAAUAUUGUCUCCAUUCUCCAAAUGUAAGGGGUCCAGGUGCCCACGGAAUUGCCCAGAAUGCCAGGGUUCCUAAGUAUCACCAACACACUGACAAUUUCUUUUUGCAUUUGCAGAAUAUAAAGGGCAAAUGACCAAGUAAAGAAAACAAAACAGACAUGAUCAAACGUCUGCUAGCGUUUCCCUUUUACUCCUCUUCCUUGUGAAGCAAAGGCCUUUUAAAUCACAGUUUUAUUUUUUUAAAGAAGUUGUGUCUGUGCCUAGAGUAAGAAUGCACCAGAUGUUCUUGAAGAGCCUAACGUAGGUUGUGUGGCCUGGUGUCCUACCACUGUUCAUUUAAAUAACGGACGAAUAAUAAUACUUCUUAUUAUAAUAAGUGAGAACUCCACAUAAAAGUGAGGUGGAGUCCUGAGUUUCCCGUGGAUGGAUUUGGUCUUCAUAGGGCUGCUGUCUGUGGCAGAAUGGGUUCAGGUGUCUUAAGACAGUUGCUCUCUGAGUGCAUGUGGAAGAAGCUGGGGAGCUAGAACCCCAAGUUCUGCGCAGCCCCCAGUCAUUGACUGUAGAUUGUUCUGCACCUGUAUCGCUGUUCACUGGCAGGAAUGUUUCAUUUUUUAACUGAUCCCAGUUGCAUGGCUGUAGCCAUCAAAGAAAACUGGCUCCAGCCUUUGUGGCCACCAGGCUCUGUGAAUCCAUCUCGGUUGUUCUAAAUUAAUAAAUCAUGAGAAUUUAUUUGGGAGCCUCUGGAUUUGUAAUGUGUCAUUCUGGGCCACAAGGUGGCGCGAACCUUGGGGAGUUGGACCCCAAUUCUGCCUCCUGAGUUCUGAGCCCGGCGGCAGGAAGGGACUGAGCCUCUGGAUCGGCCGUCCCCGGGACCUGUUCUCUGCAGGCACCACCUCUGUCCCACAGGAAACCGCUUUGGAGAAUCCGGGCGUGGGAGGCAGUGUCACGGACUGCACACAUGUUUCCCGAGCUACACGUGUGUUUCCCCAGCUACACACGUGUUUUCCAAGCUACUGUGUCCAAAGGUGUAAGGCUCCUGCUUCCUACCUGGAGGUGCUGUCGGGACGUUGCCAUAGGUUUUGAAGUUCAUUAAGACUGUUUGGAGAAGUUAGUGUAUUUUAUGUCCCAUCAGUUUGUUUAAUGAAAAAUAAAAGGUGCUGUGACCUGUGUUUUUCAA